CGAAUCUCGGAAAGAUUCAGUAGUCGCGGGACCACCACCCCGUCGCGUCCAAACGGCUUUCGCUAAGCGCCUCACACGCGAACGCUUCUGCGGUGCUCCCGUUUUUUCUCUUCACCCCCGUCUCUCUCUCCCCCUCCCCCUCUUUUUCUCUUUCUCCGUUUUCUCUCCGAUCCUCUCAGCGCCGUUCUCCAGCUUCGCUCCUACCUUUCCGCUCCCUCGCGCGAAAUAUCUCGCGGCGGCCGUGGCGAAAAUACGACGCGAGCCGAAGAGGAGCUGCCAUAUUCUCGUAUACGAGCGAUCCUGGAUUCAGCUGAACGAAAAUGAUCACCGCGCUACCGGUACCUUCGGUGAAGGUCUUUCACAAGACUUAUUACCAGGAGAAGAACUCGCGGAUAGGAAACAGCCAGCCGGGUAGCCCACUGGCGGAGAGCGAGGCGGUGCUGGCGAUGUUGGACAAGGAGCCGCCGGAAUAUUAUUUCUGUGGGAAGGUAAAUUCGCUGUACGUCGUCGUCGGUUCGCUACUGUUGGGAGCGGUGGUGCUGGUCGUCGGUCUGGUGCAACUUGCGCCGGGCGCGGAAGCCGCGCGGAACUCGGCGGCUCUGAUCGCCGCCGGAAGCAGUCUCCUCGUCAUAGGGGUGUUUCUCGCGCCCCUGCGAGCCGUCUGCAUCAGGAAACAGAACGCCCAAAAGGAAGGCACCCAUCAGCGUAGCGUCACCAGUAUAGACAUGUUGCUUGCCCAGCACAGAGAUUUCACGGUCCUGACGCCCGACGAGCUCGAGGACCUCGUGGGUCGGCCGGCGUCGAACAAUCUGGAGAGCAAGCCGCACAGGCAGGGCCACAACACCUAGGUAGCGAUCAGCUCGAGGAAGGUGCCGCCGCCACCACCGCCGCCGCCGCCGCCGCCGCCGCCACCACCUUCCACGUCGUCAUCAUCCCCGCCGUGCUCGAGCACCACCACGCCGCCGUCGUCCGUCGCGUCGCCAGGACCAAGCUCCUCCAUUCUCUACACGCAUCGCUACGAUACGCGCGAGCAUAGUUUGGUUUAAAGGUUUAAUCGAUGUGCACUCGCUGCCGUCAUUAGCGUCAGGCCUGUGCCCGUCCCCUGGGUCUCCUCUCACGCAUUUGUUCUGACCCGCGAGCGGAACCUUUCGCGGACUUGGGCUAGCCAGAGGAAAUAAAUAGCCGAUGCACGAUACGUACGCUUCAUCGUUUCCCAAAAUAUUCCGAUGACGAUCAAAAGCUUUCUUGAUUCAUCCCGCCAUCGAGCGUGUAUGAAUCACGUGUAUGAUGCGCUUUUUACCGAUGCAUGUCUUUUCGAUUUCGAAAUCUCAUAGACGUCUUUGAGAAACGUAUGCUUCGUAUUUUACGUACGGCCACAAUUCUUAGUAUUUUACACAUUUGUAUUUUCGCGAUUCGAACGCGUGGAAAAGAAUCUUCGCGCGCUUUCGAUUCAUGAUCAUCCUGGCAUAUUUUAGCGAUACGUUGCAUCGCAGACGCUUUGCGGUUUGAUUAUCGCUGCAAUUUUAGCAAAGAUAUUUUUGCGCUACAGAAAGAUGUAUGCUUUUAAUGUCUGACAAACAAGUUUUUUUUUCUAUUAAAACUGUGUAACACAACGGGUGUUAUUUUCUCAAAGACUAAAUUGUGUUCAAUUCACGAGUGAAUGAAGUACGAUACAGAGUAAUUUCGUCGCGAAUCUUCAUCUCGAUGUAGACAAAGAUAUAUACAUAAUAUAUAUAAAUAUAUAUAACGUUAUAUAACAUACACUUACGAUAAGAUUUGGAAACUUUCGCGAUUUGUUAUGAGUAGGGCGAUAUAGGGGAGAAACGAAAUCAUGGACGCCGUAAAGAGAAUGUUCUUGCAAGUCUUGCGAAUACUCGUUCGCAUUAAAUAUUUAAGAUUGUCGCAAAUGUCUUGCAAGGGUUUGCGCAAUGUAUAACCCUACGUGGACAGGCCGUAUAUAAUGUCAAGAUCAUUGCGGAAGAAAAAGUAAAAAGACAUAAGUCAGGAGCGGAUGAGUAACGACGAACCUCACGAGCACAUAAAACAUACCGAGAUCGAUAUAUGUAUAAUACGUUUAUACAGAGUGGCGUGCAAAAAGUGGGAAUCAACAGAGUGGAUAGGUGCGCGCGCGCGCGCGCGCGUGUGUCUGUGUGUGUGUGUGUGUGUGUGUGUGUGUGUGGGGAGGAAUGUUCGUGCGCGCCUGAUCCAUUGAGUUUCCAAGUCCUCGGCAAAAAUUUGUGCGCCAGGCGCAAUUAGCUCUCACCUUCGAAACUUGUGAGUUUCUAAUUGGUCGUCCAAAAUGUGGGACCUUGAUUUAAUAAAUUGUCGAAACGAGGACGACGCGAGGUCGUGGGAAUGCUCGGGAAUGCUGAUCUCCACCUUUUGCACGACCGUCGGAUGCGGACGCUUAGGAUAGAUAUCAGAUAUAUGGAGACCGACGAUGGUCCCGUUAAGAAAGCGAAAAAAACCUGAUAUUUGUCCUCGCCGUGGCGAUUUAUCGAUCUUUCUUUCAUCCGACACGUGCGACGUCUCCGGCUCGGGAGUUUCGAUUCUUUUAAGAAUGGGAAUAGUGUUAUUUCGUGGGCGCGCGAAUGAGAAAAGACACACGGAGAGAAAAGACGCCUAACGUAGAAAUAUAAAUCAAAACACCGUAGUAAGAGAUUAAUGAUAAGUGAUUCCGAUCGCAUUUAUUCACUUUGUACGCUAAAAAGGGUAUCGUUUAGGUUUAUUCCUGUAAACUGUCCGCAAGAUAUUUCAUAAGACUAUUAUCAGGAGACAUAUACAUAUGUAUAUUUGCGCGUUUCACCUGCAUACGCAAUCUCGACGGAUCGAUUGUUUAAUAGAGAAUUGGCAAACUGGCAUUCGAAACACUUGCAUAUUAUAUAUACCAACGAUACGUCUGCAGAAUUUGUGAUAAAAAUACCGAUUAAAUUUUCCUAGUAACGGAUAUUGUUUAAGUCUCGAGCUUCUUACGUAAGGAUACUUUCAAGCGAGCAAAAUGCAGCUUUGAGGAGGAAACAUAUCUACCGAGUCGGUUAUGAGAGAUAUAUUUUUAUUGUCAUUCUAGCGGGUACGCGCAAAGGAGGGAGAUAGCGAUUAAGAAAUAACAACUGUCCACGUUUAUCGAUCUAAAAAAAAAAAGAAUCGCAUUUGUCGUAAGAUUCCUAUUGAAUGUUUGCCUUAAUUUCAGAGACUAGAGAGAUCGUCAUUAAAUAUUAGCGAUAAAUUCUAUAUGCGGAGAAAUUCUAGUCGCAAGCGAGAGAAAGAUUUAAUCAUAAUUUAACGUCAUCUUUAAAUUCGUAUAUUCUCGAUCACCGUUCAUGUUGCGCGCCUGAAAAAAGUAAAAAAAAAAAACGCGAGCGAGUUCGGCACGCGAUUCUCGCCAAGAUGUCAUUUGCUGCGAUAGGACUUUAAACGUAACUUUUUCAGGCGAAAUACAACAGGGAAAUAUAAACGCGCAAAUAUCAUCGGGCUGGCAUUUGGUGCGGUUAACAACAAUAAAUUGGAAUCGGGAGAGAAACUCGGGAGUUAUAUAUUUCCAUCGCGCGGUUCCUUGUUGUAUGAAGAGAUCGGACGUAAUUUUAAGAGAUUCAACGCACAGAAUUAGUCGUAAGCAUUUUUAUAAUGGUGUUCUAUGUACAUUAAUACUGAUACUACUACCCAUCACAAUCACGUACACGCAUACACACAAAACACACACACACACACACACACACACACACACACACACACACACAACAGACACAGAUAGCCCGAUUGUGAUCCGACCACGAAUCGGUCGGCGGAAGUGUUCUUCGUACACGUUGAAAUCAUCAUCCCUAGGACUGAAUAAUAAAAACACGCGCCUAGCCUUGUAUAUACGAAUGUUUGUAACGUGAACAAAAGAGAAAAAAAAUGGAUUGGUGGUAAAACCAAUCUUAAGACGAAAUUUGCUGACAUUUAAUUAAGGUGAAGCAGAGCGUCGCGACGUAAUUCGUGAAAUGCAUAUCGUAUGAAGAGCUUUCGUGGAAACAUUCAUUAGCCGCGAUUGCAGCGUUUCUUCAGAUCCAACGGAUAACUUGUAAAUGUAUUGUGCCGCGUUGAAUACUAUUCGUUAUUUUAACGUGAAGAUAUAAUUUGAGAUGUUCCAGUUUGAGAUUUUCCAUUAUUUUCUCGACACAUGCUCGAUUGAUACGAUUGAUAAUUAAUCGAUAAAAUUUUUAAUGGAAUUACUUGCAUUCAGCCACGUGCCAAUUUUAUUCUGUUCCAACUCGAGAUUCUCGUACUUACGAAUUGAGACUAAUUCCAACGCUGCAACCGUGUCACUGUCUCACGUCGCAUGAAGAAGAUAUCUCCGUAUUUGUGCUGCAUAUAAAUGCAUCGCUUAGGUUUUACGACGUAAUAGUACCGAUAAUAUUGAGAAAGUUCUAACGAAUAAGACUUAGACUUUAAUACAGUAGCGCGUAGGAUAAGGGAAUGUUAUAUCGCGAGGCGUUCGCGAUGACGCGGCCAUCAUUGUUGAGGCUGACCCAUCUUGGAGCGAGAUGAAAAGAGGAUGCGCGUCUUUCGUUAUUUUAUUCCACAUUACUACGGCAAUAACGCAUAGUUUUACUGCGAAAUUGCUAUUUAUAUUUUAUACGGUACGAUUACAUCUAUAUAAUAUAUGUAUAUAUUAUACAUAUAUGUAUAUCGAUGAUGCAGUGUAUACGUCAUAAUGUAUUCGAGAUAAAUGGGGUUUCCGACGUGAGGGGCAUACCGAACCCCUUCUAUCACUGCCACAGAUUUAUCAUAAAAGCGAGAUAACGCGAGAAAACGCGGACGUCAAGGCAAACGCGAGAAACGUCGGUUAAAAACGCGGCUGCGUUAAUUGAACCUCAACAAUAUGUUCCGCCAUUGUGAACAUGUCGAAGACAUUCUGCGUAUAACAGCUAUUAUAUAUGCAAUAUACAUAUAUACUACAGAUAUUUUAUCGGGAACAUUCUGACUUGCUUAAAAGUUGCGUUGAUCCGUAUAUUUUGUAAGCGAAAAUUAUCAAUAGCAGUUAUAUAUAAUAAAUAUUACUACGAUACCUA